GGAUCUGGCGAGGCGCGGGCGGAGGGAGGCAUCGGCGGCGCGGGCGGGGGCGUUGACGGGCGAAGGCCUGGUGCGGCUCUCCGCGUUCGCAAUGAAGGAAGACAAGGAGAACGCGCGGCCGAAGGAGAAGCGGGGGGCUCCCGUCACCCCGACCGGCGGCGUGGGAGCGGCGGCGGCAGCGGACGCCAAGGCGGGAGGCGAACCGGACAGGCUGGAGCGUCCGAAGGACAAGAAAGAGAUCCUGAGCAAGGUGCGCGCAGCAGACAAGCUCCCGCGCGGGGCCCGUCGGGGUCGGGGUCCCCCGGCAGGUGCGGCGCCUUUCCCUUGGGCUGGGCUGGACUCCGCGGGGCCGAAGGCGCCUUGCUGCGCAUCGUAGCCCCGUGGCGUCAGCCUCUCUCGCGCUCGUGGGGCGACAGUCCAAGCGCAAAAAUAUUCGCGUGCGGUUUCCCCCAGCAGUGCGUGGAGAACUAGGCUCUUCGCCUCUCCUGACGCGAUGGCUUUUUCUCCUUAAUCCGCAGGUUGGGCAUGGGGGGGGGGGGAAGACGAGGUGCGGGGACACUUUCAAGUCGCAAGGUUUCAAAAGACGGGUGCGCGUGCGUGCGUUAUUCCCCAUUCCCCUACCAUCGCAUAAACUCUGCUGACGGCCACCACUGUCACCUGCAGCCUGAAAUGUCUGUGUGGGUUUCUGUACCCCGAGAGACGAUGGAGCGCCUGGGGUGAAGUCAAAGUGCUGCAUUUAGCACCUGCCUGGGUCACUGCAAGCCUGGGCAGUGUUGUGCAAUAGAGGUCCUGGGCUUCACCGCUGAUUCGCCGGUCCAAAGGAAAGCAGAGCAAGACGUUUGGCUGCAGAAGUUGUCGGAAGGAGGCGUACAACCCCACUCCGGAUUUGUGCAGGGUCUUAGCCUUUUCUUCUUCCGAAGAUCUCCCACAAGGCAGAGGAGGUUUGGGAUCGGGAUUUUCCUGCUCCUUCCCAGCCCCACCUGCCCCUCGCUUCCUUCUACAGAAUGUGCAGAGACUGCCUUCUUGACCAUUGGAUCCACUAUUGGUCUCAUCUGCCAAAUCUGCUGAAGCUUGUCUUCGUAAGCAGGGGAAGUCCCAAACUCACCAAGGGUUUGCCCUCACCUGGUUUAGCUGGCCUAUACCAGAAGUGGUCCAGAACAGGGGUUUUCUUUUCAGCUCUGCUCAUUGUAUAAACUGGUCUCAGAUUGCACCAUUUUUUAAUCUCUGUUUUGAUAAAACUCUCUUAUUAGGGAAUACUCACAUUCUGGUCACCAAAGAGCAUUAUUACUUGCCAUGCAUUAUUACUUGCCAUGCAUUACUAUUCAGUAAAUAUUUGGUGUGCAAAAAUGUCUUUCAGUUGUAACGAACAUGAUGCAACAGACUGGUUGAAAGAUUACGUAGGAAGCUGCCUUGUACUGAUUAACGUUAUUGACCUAUCAGUCUUCUCUGUGCUGACUGGCAAGUGGCUCCACCAGUAUGUCGGAUAAGAUUACCUUCCAUACCUACCUGGGAAUGCUAGGGAUUAAACAUGGAGCCUUUUGUGUACAAAGCAUAUAGUCUAGUGGAUCUUUGUGUGUGUGUGUUGGUGUAUAUACAAGUGUGGAUCCAAAAAAACCUAUAGCAAUGGAAAAACAUCAGACUGUUGUAGGACAGGUUGGCAUUUUUUCUUUACUUUACUUGAUGGAAUUUAUUACACAGAGAUUUACAUGCCAGAAGAGCACGGGCUGCAGAGAAGCUGGUUUAUUAUGAAAUCUGUGGUAGAAAUGUGACCCUUAUCUAAGGUAUUUUCCUUUGUUUUGAAAUACCUUGGUUGUCAAACUUAAUCCAGUCCGGGAAAAUGUUCAACUCCCGGAACGGUUCGAAAACCAAGGCGUGGCUUCCAAUUGGCUGCAGGAACUUCUGCACUCAAUCAGAAGCCGUGCUGGACAUUUGGCUUCCAAAGAACGUUCACAAACAGGAACACUCACUUCCAGGUUUGCAGCGUUCAGGAGCCGAUUUGUUUGACAACUAAGUGGUUUGACAACCCAGGUACCACUGUAUGAUGGAACCUUGCUUUUUUAAAAGAAAAAAUAUUGUAUAAUACACCUAGUUUUUGUAAACAAAUGCAACUUUUUCUUUAAGGUAGUAAUUCGACGCCUGCCUCCCAGCUUGACCAAGGAACAGCUUGAAGAACAUCUCCAACCUUUGCCUGAACAUGACUAUUUUGAAUUCUUUGCUAAUGACUCCAGGUAAAAGGAACUAUAAACAUUUGGCUGUGCUUCAUGUAACAAUGUCAUGUCAUAAAUGUCUUUCUGUUUUACAUCCGUCUGUGUUGUGUAUAUUUACAAUCAUCACUCAGCGACGUUUCCUUAUACAUUGCCAUUUUCUGUCCUUCUGCAGUUUGUACCCUCACAUGUUUUCCAGAGCAUACAUCAACUUUAAAAACCAAGAAGACAUUGUUCUGUUCAGGGAUCGCUUUGAUGGUUAUGUUUUUGUUGAUCACAAAGGCAAGUAAGCCUAAAACUUGGUUCUGUAUAUUAUAUCUGCUUUAAAACAUGUUGGCAUACAUUUAUACCGUAAUUAAACUGUAAUUCUGGAAAACCCAUGCAUUUAUUACUUGACUCAAGAUUUCAAAGGACAGCUUAUAGCCCAAUUCAGUGCAUUAUAAUGUGGUAGUAGGUACCUUUGAUUUUAGUGCAGUUCAUCUCGAAAUAAUCUUUCUUGGACUGUUGUUUUAACAGCCCAUUCCUAAGCACACGUUCUUGAAAGUAAAUUGCACAAGCAGCAAUUGGACAUGCUUCUGAAUUAGUACACUUAGGAUUGUGGUGUGCAUCAAUAAUGGGGAACCUGUGGCGUUGCAGAUGUUGUUAAACAACAACUCCCAGACCCCUGAUAAUUGGUCAUCUCUGCUUCAGUUUAUGGGAGUUAGAGUCCAACAACAUCUGGGGAGGCUCACAGUACCCUGUCCCUUGUCUAAAUCCUAUCUUCUACUGUACUGAGGAUCUACCUUAAUCUGCUAAUUAGGGAUAGCUGCUGCGUUGCACUGCAUAAGCAGAUGGCUUUGGGUGUGGCAAAGAAGCACAGCUAGUGCCACAUUUGUGUUGUGGAUCCAGAGAGACCCAAAUCCUUUUUAUGGAUUUGUAAUGCACACAUAAUUUCUGGUAAUAAUAACUUUAAUUGUACAGUACUGACAUGCAAAACAGAGUUCAUUAGCUUAGCGUGGUAUGGAUUGCUGCUUUAGCAUUCUCUGCUUGAGCAAUAGUAGCUGAAAUGGCACUCUAGAAUAAUAGAAAUAUAUUAUUUUGAUUGCUUACCCUUCUUCAUACUGCCAAUUUUUCCCCUCUACUUUUUCUGAUAGGAUAGUCUCAUGUAAGUGUUUGCUUUUGAAUGACCAAACAAGUAGCUUUCAUAUCAUGGUUAAAUUUAAAAAAAAAAUACGAUCCAAUUUGCCAGUUCAUAAAAUGUAUCAGAACUAUUUUGUAGUUUCAGGGCCAGUUCAAUUGUUUUCCCAGGUAAGCAGGAUAUAAACCAUAGUAUUGGUUUGGGUAGCAAUGGAGGCAUUUUCUCCAAUUGGCUGCUGUUGCAGGAGGCCUGGACAGACAGCUUAUGUUUGGCAAGAAAUGAGUUUUGUGAAUCUCGUGUCUCAAAACAUUAUCUUGAUUGUGGGGUUUCUUGGUUUUGAGAUAUAGUCCCCCCCCCCAAACACACGCACAAAAAUAAAAGGUUUUUCCAUUCUUAACAUUUUUGUUGUUGUCUUUAAUAUUUUUAUAUAUGAACAGGUCUAGAAUAUCCUGCCGUAGUGGAAUUUGCGCCGUUUCAAAAAGCUGCCAAAAAGAAGAGUAAGAAAAAGGAUGCCAAAGCUGGAACUAUUGAAGAUGGUGAGUAGUAGCAGUCGCUGCUGUCAUUCGAUGAAAAUACUUCCAGUGUAGGGCUUUAUUCACUUCCAUGAGCCAAGUGAUUUACAAUACAAUAAAAACAUACAAAGAGCAAUCGCACAUACAAACAGUUUUAAACAACACUACAUUCAUAAAAUCAAUUCAUAAUGUGUUUGAGGCAAAGUUUCUUAGAUACAGGCCACCAGCAUACCAUAGUAUUGCUCUGCUUGUCCCCACAUGCCCUAAUUUUUCACCUUUCUCACGCCUAGAGCAUUUAAUAAUAAUAAUAAUAAUAAUAAUAAUUUUUUAUUUAUACCCCGCCCUCCCCAGCCAAGGCCGGGCUCAGAGUGGCUUACAAGCAAUAAUAAAAACAAGAUGAAUGAUUACAAUUUAAAAACAAAAAUAAAAUACAACAUUAAAAUAAUGGAACAUUAAAAUAUUAAAAUGUAGCCUCAUCGCAGGAGGAGAAGGAAAAGAAAAAAGAGAGGGAGGGAGGGAAUCAAAUUGGCUCCAGGCCAAAGGCCAGGCGGAACAACUCUGUUUUACAGGCCCUGCGGAAAGAAAUCAGAUCCUGCAGGGCCCUGGUCUCAUGAGGCAGAGCGUUCCACCAGGCCGGAGCCAGAGUUGAAAAGGCCCUGGCUCUGGUUGAAGCCAAUCUAACUUCCUUAGGGCCUGGGACCACUAGGGUGUUGUUAUUUAUGGACCUUGAGGCUCUCCGUGGGGCAUACCAGGAGAGGCGGUCCCGUAGGUAAGAUGGUCCUAGGCCGUGAAGGGCUUUAACGGUCAAAAGCAGCACCUUAAAUCUGACCCUGUACUCCACCAGAAGCCAGUGCAGCUUGAAAAGCACUGGGUGAAUAUGCUCCCAUGGCAGAGACCCCGUGAGGAGCCUCGCUGCAGCAUUCUGUACCGGCUGGAGUUUCUGGGACAGCUUCAAGGGCAGCCCCGCGUAGAGCGAAUUACAGUAGUCAAACCUGGAGAUGACCGUCGCAUGGAUCACUGUGGCCAGGUCGGGGCGGGAAAGGUAAGGGACCAACUGCUUGAUGCGGCGAAGGUGGAAAAAUGUCGCCUUGGCUGUUGCUGUAACUUGCGCCUCCAUGGAAAGGGAGGCGUCAAGGAUUACACCCAAACUCUUAAUGGAAGGCAAUGGCACUAAUUGGGCCCCCGCAAGAGAAGGGAGUUGGUCCCUCAUCCCCAUACCAUCCCAACCCAGCCAGAGGACCUCUGUCUUCGAAGGAUUUAGUUUCAAUCGGCUCCCACGAAACCAUCCAGCCACAGCUUCCAAGCAUCUGGUCAGUGUGUUCGGGGCCGAGUCGGUGUGGCCAUCCAUCAGCAGAUAGAGCUGAGUGUCAUCAGCAUAUUGGUGACAGCCCAGCCCAAAGCUCCGGAUAAUCUGGGCAAGGGGGCGCAUAAAGCAUCGGGGCAAGGGGGCGCAUAAAGCAUAAAGUUAAAAAGCAUCGGGGAGAGAAUUGCGCCCUGCGGCACUCCACACACCAAGGAGUGGUGCGACGACAUUUCCCUCCCUAGUGCCACCCUCUGUCCCCGACCAGAGAUAAAAGAGCACAACCAGUUACGGGCUAUGCCCUGUAUCCCCACGUCUGCGAGGCGGUGGUCCAGAUCAUCAUGAUCGACCAUGUCAAAGGCUGCUGACAAAUCUAAAAGGAUCAGCAGUCCUGACCUGCCUCGAUCCAGUUGUCUAUGGAGAUCAUCUGUUAGGGCGACCAGAGCCGUCUCCGUCCCAAAACCAGGAUGGAAACCGGACUGAAAUGGAUCUAAUGCCGAUGUUUCCUCCAGAAACCUACCAAGCUGUUCAGCAACCGCUCUAUUACCUUACCCAGAUAUGGAAGAUUUGAAACUGGGCGGUAAUUGGAUAGGUCUAAGGGAUCUAAUGAAGUUUUCUUUAAGAGUGGACACACCACUGCUUCCUUCAGCUCCCCUGGGAAUGUCCCCGUGUCAAGGGACAAAUUGAUAAUUUCAACCAGGGGGGUCCGCGCAACAUCUGGACACUCCCUAAUCAGCCAAGACGGGCACGGAUCAAGGAGGCAGGUGGUGGGCCUACCAAAUUUACUAAACUUAAUUUACUAAACUUGACGGAGCUAAGUCUUUUCACUUGCUAGGUUUAAUUCCUUACGGUCUACUCUGUUGAUAGUCUCAUGGCAGAAAUUCCUCUGCAGGAUGUCAAUGUCUGUAUAGGUCCAAUGAAGCAGGAAAUUGGACUUGAUGCAUUUUUAGUGCAGUUCUUGCAGCGGCUUGUCCACUUCUUGUACCUUGUCUGGGCAGAUCUUUGAAGGGGGUGGGUCAUUUUUCUAUUAGCAGAUAUUAGGCAUUAUAUUGUGGGGGCGGGGCGGGCGAGGAGCAAAAUUUAUUGCACCUGCCGUUAAAACCAAUUGAAAAUUGCCAACAGAAGAAGCUGUUGCCUUGAUACAGAUUAUAAAAUUUUGUGAUCAAAGUGACCUAUUGCAUGUCAGAAGUCCAUAUGCCACAGUUAAUGGCAAUACUGCAUAAUAUUUAUUUAUGUGAUCUAAUAAUGUUACACAGUAUUGCCAUUAACUAUUUUUAAGGCUAUUACCACUCUUUCUAUUCACAGUGAUUAUUCUGUCUGGUUAUUAGGGGGAAUUUAAUGUUUGGUUGAUGCACACUUGCUGAUGUGUAAAGAGCCUUUUGACAGCACAAACCUCUGCAUGUCUACCUGGAAGUAAAGUCCAUUGAAUUUAAUGGGGUUGGUUCCCAGUUAAGCACGUACAGAACUGCACCCUAGGUUGUUGUAUCUAACAGGUAAAUAAAAACAGUACUGUAGAAGCAACAUACUUUAUUCAAAAGUAGAGCAUAUAUCUAACAUGACAGCUGGAGGUCUUGUUUCUUUUAGCUUUACAUGUUAUGUAUCAUUUUUAAGUGCAUAUAUUUAUGGUUCUUACCCUUUGGUUCCUCAUCAGAUCCAGAAUAUAAGAAGUUUUUGGAAAACUACAGUGCUGAUGAUGAAAAAUUAACAUCCACCCCUGAGACACUGCUGGAGGAAAUAGAGGCAAGAAACAAAGAAUUAAUAGGUAUAAAAAGUAUUGUUACACAGCAUAUAGUUACAGAACAUAGCGUGGCAGAGCCUAAUCUUUGGAGCUUCCUCCCUAUUGAGACCAAGCAGGCACUUUCACUGCACCCUUUUCAGCACCUGCUAAAAAUACUGUUGUUUAGACAAGCCUCCCUAGAGGAUUAGAAAGUUGAGGUAGUUUUAAUCUGUUUUAGUAUUUUAACUUUUGUAUGCUUUAAAGUAUGGUUGUGAUUUUUUUCAUUCUUUACUGUUUUACCUUUUAAAAAAUCAAUUACUAUUUUUGAAAUAGUACAGUGGUACCUCGGGUUACAUACGCUUCAGGUUACAUACGCUUCAGGUUACAGACUCCGCUAACCCUGAAAUAUUGCCUCGGGUUAAGAACUUUGCUUCAGGAUGAGAACAGAAAUCAUGCAGCGGCGACGUAGCGGUAGCAGGAGGCCCUAUUAGCUAAAAUGGUGCUUCAGGUUAAGAACAGUAUCAGGUUAAGAACGGACCUCCAGAACAAAUACAGUGGUACCUCUGGUUAAGAACUUAAUUCGUUCUGGAGCUCCAUUCUUAACCUGAAACUGUUCUUAACUCGAGGUACUAUUUCUGGGUUAGCGGAGUCUGUAACCUGAAGCAUCUGUAACCUGAAGUACCACUGUAAUGAGGGAAGAUCUUAAUUUAGUUAGAUACAUAAAGAUGGACAGCAUUUUUAUUUCCCCAUAUGGAAACACCAGAGAAGAAUUGUUGUCUCAGCAUAACUAUAUGUAUUUGUACUACAUUUUGAUGAGUUUUGGUUAUACAUAAUUUCAGUUUUGUAACUUAAAAUUUUCAUAUGAAUAUUCUUCUUGCAUUAUUUCCACAAAUAAAAUGUGUUGAAAUAAAUACAAAAGCACUUUCUUUUACAUUCUUUAGCAAAAAAAACAACUCCUCUGUUGAACUUCUUGAAGAAUAAACAGGUAACAAUUAUUUCAGAACAGCCAGCAUAAUUAUGUUGGCAUUUUUGAAUAUUUGAAUGCUGUCCAAUAACACUUAAUCUCAUGGCAGUAGUGAGUGAGAUUGAAAAACCUGUUAUUGGAUCUUGUUAUGUGUACUUCGGCAUUUUCAGCUUUCUUUGGAAGAGGCUGCCAGGGUGAAAUGAAUGUUUUAAAAUCAUUAUUCCCACAGGUGUCCUAAUGCAGCAACUCUGAAUUUUGCAUAAUUUCAGAAUAUAUGUUUUGGGGUAAAGGUAAUUGCUCAAAUUAAUUUUGUUAAAUAGCACUCAGCAGACCAUUAAAACAUAGAAAUUGACAAUUAGACUUGAUAACAUUUAUUGAAAAUAUCAAUACAGCUGGAAAACACAGAAUUAAAAUUCUAGAAUGAAUAUAUGUGUAUAGUGGGAAGCGCAUGGCAUGGGUAUUUGUAGAAACCAAAACAUGCUGUGUUCUUUUAAAAAAAAUGGAUAGUGAGAUUUGUAAAUUUGGACCCAUCAUGCCAAAAAUUGUGGCAAGGUAACACCAUGGUCAUGAUUUGGUCUGCCAUCUUGAAUCAAAAUGGCAGCCGGCAUCCAAGCAUUGAUGAUGACUGCCAGCUCCAGAACCCUCAGGCCAUGUUUGGUGACAAUAUCCUGAGAAGUGGUGAAACUUAUGAAGAACAGGAAGCGGCAGACAAACCACUUUCCAAAAUAUAUAGUAGGUACAAUAUAUGUACAUUAGGUAAUCAUAAGGCGUCUAAUAAAAAUAUUCAAAAACUUUACCAAUUGUUCUUUAACAAUUGGUUACUCUGGACCAAUUGUAACUGUGAAGCAAAGUGAUCUUUAGAGACGCAGAGGGGCAAGUGGGGGGGGGGAUGGGGCGACUUUGUAAUAGGAUAUACUGGGUCUUUCCUAGCCCCUUGAUGAAAACUACAAUGGAAAAAGAUAUGCAAUACAAACGCCACCACAGCAUUGUUACAGGGGCAGCAUUUGUUGUUCUUCAGUCUUUUAAUAUAGAAUUGUAGAGUUGGAAGGGACACCAAGGGUUAACUAGGCCAACCCGCUGCAAUUCAAGAAUCUCAAGACGUGGUCCCCCAUCUAAUUUGAAACCAUACUAGACCCUUCUUAGCUUUGCAAAUGUACUAGCAGUUUUAUUGCCAUCUAAUAAAUUUGAGGGAAGAACAUUAAACCUUGCCAGAGAGAAAUACUUCCUAGGUUUAAGGAUUGUUUACCAACCCAAGUAUGGCGUUCCAUCUUUACAAAGGUUCAUAGUAACCCCAGUGACUAUGGGGAACAGAAUACCCUUGCAGCUCCUUGACUCUCCUUGAGAUCUAUAUCUAAAAUCCUCUGUUAAAAUUUUUAUUUAACAUCCUUAGAUCCAUGGUUAAUAGGUAGGAGAGUGAUAGGUUAUGUUGUCGGAUAAAGGUAAUGAAUGUCAUUACAGUGCUCAAAUAAAUCUUAAUUCUAUCUGUGAGCUUAUAACUUCUUAAUCCAUAUACAGAACUGUUCCUAGUGCUAUAUGCCAUUAGCCAAUUGGAUAGCUCAGUUGGUUAGAGUGUGGUGCUGAUAACGCCAAGGUUACAGGUUCAAUCCUUGUAUGGGACAGCUGCAUAUUCCUGCAUUGCAGGGGGCUGGACUAGAUGAUCCCCAGGGUACCUUCCAACUCUACGGUUCUAUGGUUUACCACCCAUUCACUCAGUUUGGAGCUUUUGGAGCAGUUUAUGAUGCAAAAUCUCUCCUGUCCCACCAUAAAGACUUGGCUAUAGUCUCACUGCAUCUUUUCCCUUACAGCGGCUUAGAGAAGAAAAACGAGAGGAGAGGAGGAGGAGAGAACUAGAGCGGAAAAGACAACGAGAAGAAGAAAGAAGAAAAUGGAAAGAGGAAGAAAGGAGGAAAAGGAAAGAAGCCGAAAAAACAAAGAAAGUGGAGCGAUGCCCAGAAAAAGAAAGGGACAAAUCAAAGGAUGAACCAAAGAUUAAGGUAUGCCUUCAUUCCUGUAGGAUGCAUUGGCCAUAUGUUGCUUUUGUAUGCACACUCGUGAAAUACGAGAGCAAUUUUGCAUUUGGCUUUGUAUAAAGUGUGCUCUUUUUUUUGCAUGCACACAGUUAUUUGAGGUUGCAAUCCUAUGCAUGCUUGGGACUAAGUUAUAGAGACUUAGAUUAAAGUAUUAUAGAAUAGUACUCAGUUCUGCACCGCAUGUGUUUUGAAGGCACUGUAUAAACAAACAGUUCUUAUUUAUUGCACUAGAAGCUAGACGUAGAAAUCUCUUGAGAAUAAAAAGCAGAACGUAGAAUAAGGCCAUAAUCCUAUACCAUUAAGCCUGAGAGUAAACACCACUGGACUCAGUGGGAUGUGUGCUCAGAAGUAUUGGAUUGCAUUGGGAAUUUUAUUUUUUAAAGCAAAGUUCUGGUAACUGAUAAGAAACAGUGGAUCAUGAAAAUAGCUAGUUAUGUAAUGCUAAUAUCUUUACUCUUGUAUUAUGCACCAGGUACCCCCUUGCCUUUUCAGUGCAGACCAGCAUCCUAACACAGUUAGCAGCAGAAUUAACUUAGUAAGGAAAACUAAAUUUGUUCUCUUCCUAGCUACUUAAGAAGCCAGAAAAAGAUGAAAGAGACUUUGAAAAGAAAGAAAAGGCCAAGAAACCGGAGAAAGAGUGUCUGAGGGAGGAAAAGGCCGCAAGUGCAACCAGCGGUAUGCAAGCCAGGCGUUCCGAUGGGGAGGCUAAGGAGGAGAAGUCCAAAAAGUUAGUGCUUUCAUUUCAGUACAUAUCCUUAUUUCUCAGAAUAUGAUUAUUAAUUGGGCUGCCUCGUACCAGAUCUGCUUUUAAAUUAUAUAGUUGACUAGUGUUCCAGAUUAGAACUGUGGAGGGACCACUUUUUGCUCUUUCCAGUCUUUCUCGCAGUUCCAAAUGGCUGAAGAGCAGAUGGUCAGUUAUGCAGCUCAGUUAGGGUCCCUUCGCAUAUUAGAAUUUAAUUAUUUUUAAGUACGCUUCUCAAAGCGUAAACUGAAAAGCGAAGUGUUACAAAUGCUAGAGAACUAGGAUUGACUGCUGUUGAAUUUAAGUUCAGCUGCAAAGCUGGGUUUGUUGCCGCAUGGAGCGUGAGAAACAGCCUUGAGAAUUUCUGGUUUAGUAAAUAGCCUUGUGUUAUCUUUGGCUGUGGUUUUCAAGAAAUGUAAAUUAGUUGAUCCUUGGUUAGAACUCUUUCCAGGAUGCUCUCUUUUCAGGGCGUCAUUUUAGUGUCUGCAUGUCAAUACAGUGGCGAUAGGCCUUCAUUUUACUGUCUUCUCUCCGGAUUGAAUCUCCUAAGUCUCUUUUCAUACAGAUUGGAAGAUGACUGUGGAAAAGACUAUAGAGAAAGAGAGAGAGAUUAUGACCGAGACAGAGAGUAUGAGAGAAUGCAAAGAGAAAGAGACAAACUCCGACGCCAAGAAGAAGAGAGAAGGAGGCAGAAAGAGCGCUUCGAGAAAGAGAAGGUCUUUAGAAGAAAGGAGGAAGAUGUGAAAAGGGAAAGAGACUCAUUGCGAGAGAAAGGGAAGAGAGCUGAAUUGGCAGAGUACAUGGGAAAUGCAGAGAAAUCCGAGAAAGUAACCAAAGAGGACAAAAAAGAAGAUAUGGCUAAGAGGGAUCGCAUUAGAAACAAGGUGCUGAUUCUGUGAUAAAAUCAUUGUUCUUUGUUAGGCUGUGGGUGUAUGCAGCUCCUUAUUAUAGACACAGAAUGUUAAAAAAAUAUGACUCCAUCUAAGGACAUUACAUAAUAAGGUUUGUUUGUAGUACAACUUAUUUCCCACUGGGAAUGCAUAGGAUUGCAAUUACAGGAUUGUAGAAAUGAUUGGCUUGCUUAUCUAGUAAGUGACAUUUAUGCUCUGCUCUUUUUUUGUAAGAAGUUCAGGAGUAGCACCUGUGGAGCUAUCCCAUAUAGUCCCCUUAACCAAAAGCCCUGGAACUUCAAGGCGGAGGGGUGGGGUGGCAGCAAGGGGAUUGGACCUAUAUCUCUGUUCCAGGUCUGGUACUCUUUCACUAUUAUGCAUCACAGCUUUAUGUAUUCUUAAUUUAAGGAUCGCCCAGCCAUGCAGCUCUACCAACCAGGAGCUCGGAAUCGGAGUCGUUUGUCAGGCUAUGAUGAAAGCUCUGCAAAAUCACCCGAUCAAGGAGUGGAUAAGAAGCAGGAGUGCGAGACCAGUAACACAAAAGAAGAGUGACAAGUGGUGUGCUUCCUCACUGACCUAGCAGCCAAAGAGCAUUAACUUUGUAGUCCAAAAGUGCCUUGUAGAAAAGAGGAGGGAAUAAAGGGGGGACAGUACUUUUGGAUGUAUCUGGUUUCAGGUCCUCGUUGCAGAUUUGGGACUCGGGCUUGGGCGUCCUCAAUACAUUUUCAGUUGUGGGAGGUAGUGGCAGCAAAACCACAAGGGUGAGAAAACUUCCAUCUCUGAAGGGUGGAAAGGCCUUGUCACCCUAAAAUAGGAUGAGUGGUUGCCCAGAAUGAGUGCUGUCUUUCAGAUGAAAGCCACGAACCAGUAUUUGCACUUAACAUACAGCCAUGUUGGAGCCUCAUGUUUGUUCAAGUGUUAAAUUGUCUUUUACCACUGUGCUGUGUGGAGUGUGGUCUUCUGACCUGUUUCAUUAACUGGAGGUAGGGUGGGAAGGUCCAACGUAAUCUUGGUACUGAAGACAUCUUUUUGUCUGGUGUGCUGCUUGUAACCGACUGCAAAAUGAAUUUUCAGAACAAGGCGUGGAUGCUAAUAUUUUUCUUUGUUCUUUCACUUAACAUUUGUAUAGCUUGAAGGAAAAUGAACUUCGCCAUAGGAAACGUGUUGUUGUUUUUUACACAUGUCUUCUAAAGUCCAGAUAUAGAUGUAUAUUGAAGGUAGCUGCAUAGUCCUCAACAGUCCCUGCGUUCGACCUUCUUUUGUUUCCUGGUAUCUCAUAGGAAAAAUGAUCCGUCUUAAUUGUGCACUGUUUUUGCCGAAGCUUUAGAGCAUCUGGCAACCCAGGAAGGUUUUGCUAAGAGUUGUACCUCCUCUUUGUGGCAGUACCCUAUUUGAUACUUAAUAAAACUCUAUGAAGUAGCAUUUAAAA